GUCCCUGCCCCCCCUGAACCCCCAAAUUUCCCCGCUUUGCCCCCCAAUUCCCGUUUCCCCCCCAGUUCGCGGUGCCCCCCCCAUGCUCCUCCUGUCCCGGGGGUCCCCUCGGGCCUUUCACCGCUCGGGGGGGGCCCUGGGGGGGCUCGGGCCUGACCCCCCCAAAAACGGGGACACCCCCAAAACCAGCCGAGACCCCCCCCAAAAUGAGGUCGCCGUGCGGGGCCGGGGGCGCCCGGUGCCCGUGGGGAGAGUGAGCCGGGCUGCGAGCAUGGCCGGUCUGGCUCUGGAAUUGGGUCUGGGGGCUUUGGCCAAGGCUGCCCGGACGCGGCUGCGGGGGCAGGAACGGCCCCAGGGUCCCGCCCUGUCCGAGGGCAGCGCUGAGCGUUUGGUGGCCGCGCUCAGCCGGGCCCGGGGGGCGGCGCUCAAGGUGGGGCAGCUGCUCAGCAUGGCAGACGCGGAGGUGCUGCCCCCGCAGCUGCAGCCGCUGCUGGCGCGGCUCAGGCAGAGCGCGGAGCCCAUGCCGGGCUGGCAGAGCCGGGCCGUGCUGGACGCUGAGCUGGGCCCGGGCUGGCGGGAGCAGCUCCAGGAGUUCCAGGAGGUUCCGGUGGCCGCCGCCUCCCUGGGCCAGGUGCACCGGGGGCGGCUGCGCUGCGGGACCCCCGUGGCCAUCAAGGUGCAGUACCCGGGCAUCGCCCGCAGCAUCGGCAGCGACGUCGAAAAUCUCCUGACCCUGCUGAGCCUCACGCCAGGGCUGCCAAAAGGCCUGUUCGCGGCGCCGGCGCUGCGGGCGCUGCAGAGGGAGCUGGAGCUCGAGUGCGACUACGAGAGGGAGGCCCAGAGCACCCAAAAGUUCCGGGCGCUGCUGGGCCCCGAUCGCUUUUUCCGCGUGCCCGCCGUGGUUCCCGCGCUCAGCGCGCGCCGCGUGCUCUGCACCGAGUGGGGGCGGGGCGGGGCCCUGGAGCGCUGCCGGGGCCUCCCCCAGGAGCGGCGGGACCAGAUCUGCACGGAGCUGCUCCGGCUCUGCCUCCAGGAGCUUUUCCAGUUCCGCUUCAUGCAAACCGACCCCAACUGGGCCAAUUUCCUCUACGACCCCGAGACGCACAAAGUGACGCUGUUGGAUUUCGGGGCGUGCCGGAGCUUCGAGAAGGAAUUCACCGAUCUCUACAUCGAGGUGAUUCGGGCUGCGGCUGACAGGGACAAGGAGAAAAUCCUGAGCAAAUCCCGGGAGCUGAAAUUCCUGACGGGCUUCGAGUCCCCGGCCAUGGAGUCCCUGCACCUGCAGGCCGUUCUGCUGCUGGGGGAGCCUUUUUGGGGUUCGCAGCCGUUCGAUUUCGGGGCUCAGGGCACGGCGCGGGGGGUGCGGGGGCUGCUGCCCCGGAUGCUGCGGGGCCGCCUGGGGCCGCCCCCCGAGCCCAGCUAUGCCCUGCACCGCAAGCUGGGCGGCGUCUUCCUGGCCUGCGCCCACCUGGGCGGGCGCGUGCGCUGCCGGGAGCUCUUCCUGCAGCUCCACAGCUCCUACUGGCACCCCGAGAGCGCGCCCCAAAACCCGGCGGGGAAACGCCAGCAGCAGUAAAGGGGGACUGGAACCCAAAAAUGGGGUCACGUCUUCAAGAAUCCCAGAGCGCAGGAAAGGACCUUAAAAAGUACCUGCUUCCAACUCCAACUGAUCAUCUCCUGAGCGCUCUCUCUCCAAGACCUCGUUCGCACUUCGAUCUCCCGAGCUCCCAUUUCUUGUUCAAUAGAAUCCGUGAACAAAACAAUCUGGUUUUGUUCUCCUAUGGUCUCAUUUGUGCCUUCCCUGGGGCAGAGGCCUCUCUCCCUCAUGGCACCUUAAGCCUGGAUGGAACCAUGGGCAGGUUCCUUCCAGCCACAGGCAUUUCAGGAUUCUGUCAGGGACUCCCUGCCCUUCUUCCCUCUGCUCCCAGCUGCAGAAUGUGCAGCAAAGCCGCCUUUGCUGCCUGCUCGGGGAGCCCAGCCAGCUGCUGCAGCCUGACCCUGCCCUGCACAGCUCCCCUGGCUGGCACGGCAGGAGCAGCGCCCUGGCAGCCUCAGCAAUCGCCCUCUGACAUCUCUGGCACACACUGCCAUGGGCUGCAAUUCCACUGCCAGCACGGAAAAGACGCUCCUGCCCUUCAAGGUCAAAUUCUGAACGGGCCAAGACACAAACAGAGCAAGAUCUUACAAAGACAUUUCACUGCCAGCCUCCAGAACUUCAUCCAGAGCUGUUUGAGCACCUGAAUGGUGAAGGAAAAAAAAAUCAGGGGAGGGUCUUUGGCUGGGAGCUGCCACAGGUAAAGAGAGACCCUGGAAGGGAAAAGGAGCAGACAAAGGAAGGCAGGAGAGAAAGCAGGACACAAACGGCAACCAGCUGAGAAGGUGGCACUCUGAAAACCAAACCUGAACUUAUGGAACAGGAAUGGGACAGAAAGGAAGAAUUCUGAAACUUUAUUUACUUGGCUUUACUGAGCAAUCUGUGAAGCCAGGACUUCACCAUCCUGACAGGGAAGAAGCAUUUUCUAGAUCAAACCUGAAUUUGAUCCCUUUUACUGUGAGCCCAGUAAAUCCCAAGGAACUCAUUUGUGGUCAUUUUCAUCAAGGGCCCAAGCUCUUUGUGCCAGCACAUCCAGCAAGCAGCAGGCAGGACAGCACAGGAGCCCAACUCACAGCUGAGGGACUCAGAACAUCUAAACACAGCAGGGCACAUGGCUCGUGUUUGCUCCAAUAGACAGCGCUGAGAAGGAUAGGUAAUGACAGCCUCCUCAUCAUCCCAGUCCCUUCUCCCUUUUAAACUUUCUCUGAAAUUACCAAAACAGCUCUUAAAAUUCCUUUCUCUUUGUCAAUCCCAGAUCUUUUGGGAGCAGACUCAGGAAGAGAGCACAACAUUAAUCUGUUGUUAUUCAGACAUGGCUUGUUGUUCGUCUUUCCCUACUCAGUGGCAGCAGUAGAUCUUGAGAAUAAUCAGGUAUCCUGAGGAAUUUUUCCUGCAGCAGUUAUUUUCCUAUCAUGGUGCAUCUGUAAUUGUAUUGCUUAAAAGACCACUAUAAAUACAGUACAGCACCUUGCAAUUACUCCCCCUUCUGUUUGUAAACCUCAAAGUCUUCCAGGUCUGAACAACAGGAACAACCCUGUGUCACCCUUUGGGGAUAUGAACAUCUUUAGGGUUUGGACAGAUGCCAGGAUAGCCACUGUAAGAGCUGGAUGGACUGGAAAACCAACUGAUGUAACAGUAUUUUCUGGUGAGAGGCAAAUCCUGCUGCUGCCCCAGGAAUUUCUUUGCAUUUGAGAAGCAUCAAGAAAGGCCAAGAGCGUUGAAACACACAGAGCCUGGGGGAGGCAUCAGGGUAUUUAUUGUAGCAGCUUCUCCCUGUCAAGAACCCCCUGCCAGGCUCAACUUGAGAGAAAUUCUCCGACAAUAUCCAACCAUCAGCUUCUUUUGGGUGGGAUGAGGAACAGCCAUCAGCCCACGCCAGCACUGGAAAUGUUUCAAUGCACUGGAGCAGCAGUGCCUGCAGGGGAGAGACUCUUUGGCUCUGGGCUCUCUGGGCACUUUCUGCUGCAAGGCCAUUCCCCUCUGGAUGUCCCAACGAGGGGUUUGGAGGCCUUGGGCACAUGAGCACUGUACAGGGACAAAGGAACUCUGUGCUCAGUGGGGUGGAGACUGAGGACAGUGGAGCAGAGCCAUGAGAGUGUUUAAAGGGAGAUUUCAGGGAUGGUGGAUCCUUUUGCCAUAGUGGAAAACAGCCAGAGAAAGAAAGAAUUAAUGCCAAGGGCAGCUGGGGGGGCCCAGACUGGCACCAGGAGAAAGGAAUUUCCCUGGCAGGGCAGGGCUGUGGUGCAGCACAUCCCCAGCAGGAGCCUGGAGCAGCCCCAGGCUCUGUGUGGGCAGGCAGAGGCAGGCAGGAGGCAGAGCUGUCAGCAAAGGAAGGGCCCAGCCAGGUGGGGCAGCCGGGGGAUGCCGACAGCCUGCAGGGACAGAGGCGCAGGGCAGGGACACCGUGGGACAGCCUGGGCUGCACAGGGCACAGGGAUGGGCAGCAGCUGCAAGACAGCCCUGCCAGAGCCACCUUGGGCAGCACUUUGGCCAUGGCUGCUGGGCCUGAGGCAGGAGCAGGAGACAAGUGACCCUUGCAGGGCUGGGGCCUCAUUGCCUCCUUGUCCCUGCUCAGCAGCCUGGCAGGGGCCGCCCCAUGCUCCUGCCUUUGGCAUUGCACAUCCCCACAUGCCAGUGCCCAUCCCGGGAAGAGCCCUGAGCAAGGAGGGAGGGACAGGAUCUUCCUGGCCAGGGGCUGGAGCUGAGGCCUUGGCCCUUUGCAUUCCUCAAACCCAGCCAGCUUUGCUCAGCACCAGAGACACCUUUGUCUUGUUUGUCCCCACCUGUCAUCGCUGCCUCCAGGGUUCUGCUCUAACUGGAACCUGGGGACACUUUCUCAGUCCUGUCCCUCAGUGAGACCCAUUAAAUCUUCUAGCAAAUUCAGUGUUUCAAUUGAAUUUUGAGUUCUUGAGAAGUUUUGUAAACACGCUCUGAGAGACUGGGUCUGAUGCAAAGAGCA